UGUUCACACGGUAAAUUGAAUGACGUUGUUUGCUCUCAGAAUCACGUACACGAACUAACCUGUUCCCACGAUACGUUCGUAGUUACAUCUGACAACUUCAUUUAUGGUUAUACACAAUUUUUCGUUUUUUUUUUAUUUAAAGAAAAAUUAAUAAAAAUGGCUCAAUUCGAAAAAAAAAUGUAUCCGAAAAACUCCCAACAAAUGGAGUAUAAUAAGUGAACGGGCUUUGUUGGAAGUGUGGGGAUUAUUUAUGAGCCAGCUACGUGGAUGUCGAAAAAAUAGCCACAUUCUUCAAGAAAUGGCGUCCGAACUCGGGAAACAUGGGUUUUCGUAUACAUCUCACGAAAUAAAAACCAAGAUGCACAACAUGGCUGCGAGAUUUAGGAAGGAAAAGCGCCUAGUUGGUACAACCGGAGGUUCACCAUCAGAUUGGGAGCUAUAUAAAGAAAUGGAAAUGUUGCUAGCACCUUGCAAGACCUACAAUACUGAGUUCCUCGUUUUGGACAGUGUCAAUGAUAUUGAUGCCAUAUUGACAUGCGAAAUGUCCAACUCCCCACCCUCUUCACCAAUCAUUCCUAGUUCCUCUUCACAAUUAAAUACAACUGACCUAUCGUCGGAAUUACCAUUUACAUCAUCGUCGAAAAAGAGAAAAAGGGAAAAAGAGCAUGCUGAAAAGGUGGAAAGAAAAAUUGACAUUUUAAUAGAGAUAGAACAAAGAAAGGAGGCUAUAGAAGAGAAGAAAGAGGCUUUGUUAAGAAGCAUUGUGGAAAGGGAAGCGGAAGUACAAAAGGCUUUGGUAGAUUUUUUAAGAAAUGCUUAAAAUUGAAUAUAUAUUUAUGAUAUGUAACGACUUUUUUUUAAACUGCUUAUAUUUCCUUUAAUUAUAGUUUGCUCUUACUAUCUUAAUUAAAUACUUUGAUU